CACGAAAAUUGUUUAUUUUCUGGUUAUAUUAUUGAGGGAAACCAAUAAUCUUUGGGGAAACUGUAUGUAAUUUUAUAUUUUUAAAACGUUGUUGAACUAUUACAGUUAGUUUUCGCAUUUAUUUAGUUUAAUUAUGAGCGGUGGCGGUCAUAAUAAUCAUUAUAAUAACAAGUGGAAGUACGUGAAGAGAAAAAAAAAGUCUACUGAUGAAAAUAAUUCGGAACAUGAAGAAAAUCCUGCGAAAAAAAGGAAGAAUGUUCAUAACAGGGAAAAGGCUGAAGCUUUAGAUCCGCAAGAAAUACAGAAUAGAGAUGGAUUGGAAGCUAAAAAUUCCGACAAUGAUGAUCAGGAACCAAAACAAUUUAAGAAGAAGAGACAACGAGAUAAUCCUUACAUCGGCUGGGAUUUCUAUUUUCAUGAUGAAGAGUACCAAAAGAAUUCCGAGACCGUGAAAAAGAUUCAGAUCAUGGAGAGAUUCAUGCAGGAGAAUCAGGAAUUAAUUUCACAAGCCCACUUAACUGUUGGAGGACCUUUUAAUCUUGAUCUAAAAAAAAUCCACGAAAGUCAAAUUUUUUUCGAGGAUUGGUCAGAUUUUAAUGAGGAUUUAAAUCACAAUCCUUCUCAUACUCUGAAUUGCGUCGGUUUGGCAGUUCAUCAGACAGUCGUAAACACGUUAAGAGUGAAUAAGAGUGAUAAAGAUGUGCCUAUGAUUAGAGUUCGGGUACUCAAUUUUUUACCCGUCGUUCCGUUGAAAGAUCUCCGAAUGAAUUACUAUGGACAUUUGGUUACCACUAGAGGUUGUGUGAUGAGAGUUGGCAGAUCCACACAAUUGGCACAAUGGCACGUAUUUUCUUGCAUAAAAUGCAAAUUGAAAACUGUUUAUAAACAGCCAGGAGGAAAUUACACAGUACCUAAAAAAUGUGGUUCUUGCGGGGCAAUGAAAUUCGAACCGGUAUUGGAUUCUCCAUACGUGAAGACAGUUUCCGCUCAAACUAUCAGAUUGCAGCAACAUUUGGGUGAUAAUCAAGAUGAUAAAGGUGGAACUCUUCGAGUAAUUGACGUAGAACUGAUUGAUGAUUUGGUCGAUACGUGUAUGCCUGGUGCAGAUGUGGUAGUAACCGGACUCAUUAAAGGUCCAGAAUCGGAUUCAGGGAAAUCUAAAAAAGAAGCAGAUCCUAGAUUUCAAUUGCAUAUUGAGGCUGUUUCGAUAACGAGCAACAAGACUAAUUCUAGGACUAAAGGGAUGAUGAUGAUCGACUUAAAUUACACCGAUUACGUGGCUGUCAACGAAAUUCACGCGAAUCCAAAUAUUUUUGCACUUCUAGUCCACUCGUUAUGCCCUAAUAUUUACGGGCUCGAGUUAAUAAAAGCCGGAUUAUUGCUGAGCUUAUUUGGCGGCAACGCAUUGUGUUCUGAGACACGAGAAGAUAUUCACGUUUUAAUUGUGGGCGAUCCAGGUCUUGGAAAAUCGCAAAUGCUGCUCGCUUGUUCCCGACUGGCUCCCAGAGGUGUUUAUAUUUGCGGAAAUUCGAGUACUUCAGCGGGAUUAACAGUCACAUUACUCAAAGAACCUGGAACAAACGAUUACAUCCUGGAACCUGGAGCAUUAGUUCUGGCCGACAGAGGAGUUUGCGUUAUUGACGAGUUUGAUAAAAUGACGAAUCAGCAUCAGGCUUUAUUAGAAGCGAUGGAACAACAGUGCGUGAGUGUAGCAAAAUCCGGUGUAAUUUGGUCCCUUUCAGCGAGAACUUCAAUCCUCGCAGCUGCAAAUCCGAUAGGAGGACAUUAUAAUAAAUGCAAGUCAAUUCGGGAAAAUCUCAAUCUGAGCCAGCCUCUUUUAUCAAGAUUCGAUCUCGUUUUUCUCCUUGUCGAUGAUCCCAACAAGGAUCGAGAUGCUCAGAUAAUGCAACAUGUGAUGGCAAUCCAUAGAAACGGAGGAAAUCGGAAUGAUAGUCGCAAUAAAUCGAUCAACUCUAGUAGAAAAACAAUCAAGGCUUUUGACACUCUCAAAGAGACUUUAGCUGAUUACAUGAAAGAGAAUCCAAAAGUGAUACCUCAUUCCGUUUUUCGGAAAUAUAUCGCUUACGCGCGGCAGUAUGUGCGACCAAGAUUAUCGGCAGCAGCGACUAAAGUUUUGCAAAAUUUUUAUCUCGAACUUCGACAAAAGCAGACGAAUGGCGGGAAUAUUCCGAUUUUUCAUCGACAACUAGAAGCUUUAAUCCGAUUGACUGAGGCGAGAGCGAAAGUCGAAUUGCGUGAAGUCGCAACGGAAAUUGAUGCUUUGGAAGUUGUGGAAAUUAUGAAGCAAACGAUAAACGAAGCUCCCGAUGAUAAAACAUCAUUCGUUAAUCUUAACAUUAAAUCAACCAGUGGAAAACCAACGAAAAAUAAGAUUGUGGCGUUUAUAAAUCUUUUAAAAAGAGAAAGAAUGUCCGAAAAACAACUGUUCACAAAGGGUGAAUUAGAAGAAAUAGCAGAAGAUGGUGGAAUUUCAAUAGACGAUAUGACAUCAUUUAUCGAUCAACUCAACGAAAAAGGCUUUCUCCUCAAAAAAGGAUCUAACUUGUACAAAUUUUUGCCAUCUUGAAAUCGAAAAUCUAAAAAAUUCAAAAUCAUGAUGCAAUAUUUAAAUUUUUUAAUUAUCAUCAAAUUAAAUUAUCUCAAAUUCCAUAUUUAU